AGUUGGCCAUGUCGGACGCAGCAUUCGCUAAGCUAACCGAUGCUCUGCAAGGGCUAGGUGAAGCCUACUCUACCUUUGGGAAGGCGUUGGUGACUUUCCAAAAAGAGAUCAGACAUGAACUGAAGGAAGAUAAACGGAAGGUCAAGGGCGACAAGAAGUCGAGGCCGCCAUCUGCUUACAACAUCUUCAUCAAGGAAGAAGGAGAAAAGAUCAGAAGCGCGGGGACUUCAGAGUCUCAAACUGAGAUCAUGAAGCAGCUGGCGGGGCGAUGGAAGGGCCUCAGCCCCGCACAGAAAGCCACGUUCGACGCAAAGGCAAAGGAACGUAAUCCUGCUGGCGAAGUGAAGGUGAAGCAGGAGCCGAAGGCUGAAGUGACACCAAAGAAGGUGAAAGAGAGCGCUGCCCCGGCAGACAAGUCUUCCAAGAAACACAAGCACGACAGCCAUGAAGAGGCGGAGCAGGAAUCUACCAAGAAGAAGAAGAAGAAGCACCACCACGAGGAGACGGAGUACGACCACGAGGACUACGAUCAUUCAGCAGAGAAGAAGAAGAAGAAGAAGAAGAAACAUAGAGAAGAAGAUGAUUGA